UUCGACGCCUGUAGGAGCUCGUGCCCCACGAGCAUCUUCCAUCUUCCAACUCUCUCAUUCUUUUACUGCCAUUGCUUUAGGCAGCGUGGUGGGAUCGGAACCACUCUCCUGCUGAAAUCCUUCCAGCAUUUGGACUGCAUUGGACUCCAGUGUGCUGCUGCUGGUGCCGUUCAUUCUUGCUCGUCGCGAUCUGGAACAUUGCGCUGCUUUGCCAUCGGAGCUGCGUGUUCCAUUGGACUCUCUGAUUGUGCUGCAUUGUAAAAAUCGACGUUCAUUUCUGAGCCAUUCGUUGCAUUCCUGUAUGAUGUUUGUCAGUUUCACUGAUCGUCAACCAGCUGCCCUUUUCUCCGAGUCGAUCAGCGCGCGUCCCGAAUUUCUUGCGAGUCUCUCUCUGAAACUCGGUGGAGUUGUGUAGUUGUGCUGCGCGGGACUUCUUUUGCGUAGUGUUAUUGCAGGCACAGUCCCGGUCCCAGCUGGCUGCGUUCUCCCUACUGUUCAAUUGUGCUCUUGCUCCCAGAUUUUGCAUCGACCUCGACGAGUGGAUUGCUGUUCUCUGGUCUGCUGCUGGAGGCAGCUCGACAGGGGAAACCUGUAGAUUUUCACGGUCCCGAAAGAAGUGGACAAUUGUUAUCCCAGGCGUGCCGAUUGCAGAGUGAAGGAGGCCGAGAGUGAGGACUGUCGAGCGCGAUGGGAAAUGCUGCGAUAUGCUUGGUGGGGAAACGAGCAGUACGGGUGGUUCGACCCGACGGCAAGGUCGAAGAGCUAGACUCUCGGAUGAAGGUAUCAGAGCUCAUGAUGCAGUAUCCGGAUUACAUGGUGGUGCACUGCUCGACCAGCGGCCAUUCUCUUGGACAGCGCAGCAAAAUCAGCAUUAUGAAUCCCGAAGAAAAGCUUGUGCCCGGGCAAGCUUACGUUCUGUACCCCAUACCAGCUCAGUACAAACAAAGCUUCCUCAAGCUGCCGCCUCCAGAGCAGAAUCAGAGCAAUUCUGCUGCAAGCAACGAAGGCAAAGCAAAGAAGAGGACGCGGCGGCGACGCAGAGCGUCGACUUUCCAAGCCGUGGUCGAAUGCUUGAUUCGUCUUCUUCGAGGAGGCCCCUCUGAUAGACCGCUGAACGAAGGAUCAUCGCCUCUGUUGGAUUUCAGUGGCGAGGACGCGGCUUUUCAAGCCACGAAGCUCAAGGAAAAGCAGGAGAGGCUAAGUCUGGAGCCUUACGUGUGGAAGCCGGCGCUGGAAGCUAUUCCCGAAUCGCCUUUCGGCUACCACGACAGGCCACAAUCUCCUUUCUCGUUCGAUACAAGCGAUAGGAGUUUUGACAGAAGUGUUCCGCAGUCUCCCAGACCGCAUGCUCCUCUCGGCCUCGGAUUCGAAAACGAUCGUCAUCCGUUCAAUGCACAGUUUUGAGGUGAGGCCACUGGGAUCUUCUAUCGGUUCAAGGCCUGGAGGUCCAAGGCUCUUGCUCCAGAGCUUCUUCUCUUUCAGGACGACUGUUUGCGCCUUGACUCCUGCGUGCUUCCGAGCAAGAACGUUGUGAUAUGGACGGCGAUUCAGUGGUCCAGUUUUCUUACAUGCAGUUUCUGGAAGAAUUUGACAGCAGUGGGUGCGAGUUAAUCACGCUCUCACGCGUCUGUCUUUCCAUAGACCAUGACGGAUUUGCUCAAAAGCGACCGCAUGUUGGAGGAGCCCUCUUCCGAUUUGUUGCCUGAGACUGAACGGAAAGCUCUCUCAUCGACCUCCUCGCGGCAACGAGAAGCUAAGAACCUCUCCAACAUUUGUUCCCACGGAACGAUCGACGUAAAUCAUGACAGGUUCAAAUCAGAAAGAUUAGAUGAAAUCUGUCGUCACACUUCCGACAUGUAUAAGACGUCACGUUUUUGCUGUACAUGACGUAAUUCACUGCCAUCUCUACGAUGGCGUUGCAAACACUGUAAAUAGAGUAAAAUUCUAGAGUACCGAAGUCUUGCGAUACGUUACGAGCUGCUAGAUACAUAGGGAAGUUGACAUUAGGAGCUUUGGCAUUGAUCAUCUGCAAGGGAAAUAGAGUCCAGAUUUGCACGGCUGAAUACAAUUUUGUUCGUUUCAAGAGCUUUUGGGUACAUUGAGCAUUUGUGUUUCGUUGUGACGCGAUUGCCUUCUCCUUACUGACCUUCGCUCACGUCCGUCAUUUUCUCAUAAUAGUCUCGUAAUUUGAGGACACAUGGCAUCAGCCAUGCAAAAGAUCGAAACGAUUCGUAAAUUCUGAUUCC